CUGCGGCCGGGCACGAGGGUUGAACGACCCUCCAUUUUCGCGUUAGUUCACUGUUACACAACUGUGACCGUCCGACGAGCACUCGGGGAAUAUACGAGCCUUGUAGUGAGGAGAGGAGAGGUACAACAAACACGAGCUAGGACAUAUGAUAUGGAGACCGGGGAUCCGUCAUCAAUGAUGAUGGACGCCGCUGAUACGACUCAUAAACAACGACAGAACGCUCUUCCUAAUACUGAUAUUAGAUAA